ACAUGAUUAACCGAGAACACUUGAAACCAAACUUGACAAAGUUGUUUUGCUUUUUUCGGCAAACACGUUCUUCUUGACUUAAGUCCAUUGUCCAAAAGCAAGAGAGCAAAAAACGGCGGUAAAAGUAAACAGAGGAGAGAGACAUUGGCAAAGUUAUGCUUUCUCUUUGCUUUUCACCAAUAACCUUAAUAUUACCCAAAGACAUCUUUAUUGCUGUAGUUAAUUAGUUCCAAUGGUCAUAAGUUGAAGGACAGUAAAAGACAUAAAUGUACUUCAAUGUUGCUUCAAAAAUGUUUUUACUAUUUUUUAGAUGAUAUAUUAUUUAACCUUUUUGUUCAUAUCAAGUUACCUUAACUGUUUCCAGCUGAUCUCUUUUCUUUCCUUCAAUUCUUCGUAUCAUCUCUAUUAUUAUUACCAUGGUUGAAGGAAAUAUUUCACUUAAAUCUUUGAAUGAUCAUAUAACUUGUCACAUCUGUAAUGGUUACCUGAUUGACGCUACGACAAUAACUGAAUGCCUUCAUACCUUUUGUAAAACAUGUAUUAUCAUGUGGCUUAAAGAGCACCAAGUAUGCCCCAUGUGUAAAGAUCAAUUUCUUCAAACCAGAAGUCUGCUCAAUAUUAGAUCUGAUCCAACUCUUCAAGACAUUGUAUAUAAGAUUGUUCCAGGAUUAUUCACAGAUGAAAUGAAACGUCGACGAGAGUUUUAUCAGAAGCACCCUGAGGCUGCUGUUAAUCUGACAAGUGAAGAAAGAGGAGAAAUCAGUGGUGAACGUCUCAUUUUCAGUCCUGCAGAUAUAUUUUAUCUAUCGAUUGAAUAUCUACCCGAGGUCUUCUCUUAUACAUACAUUCCUUUAAUUAGAAGCACAACUGUUGUUGGCUCAAACGGAUUCCCUGUAAAUGGUGUUGAAAAACAUAACCAACGACGAUACUUUAAAUGUAAAGGUAGCAUGAAAGUUCUUCACCUGAAAAAGCUGCUACAGCUCAAGUACGAAUUAAAAAGACAUAGUGACAUUGAAUUGCUUUACAAGCAUGACACAUUAUCAGAUGACUACAGUAUGAUUGAUUUGGCUUACAUUUAUUCAUGGAGAAGGAAUGGACAUCUAAGCCUCUACUACAAGAUCUCAAACACUGUUUAAAUUAACUUUAAAGACCUGAAAAAAGUAUUUUUAUCGACUAUUUUGCUCUAUGGAACUCACAACUUCCAAGAUUUUUAUAAAAAAAUUCCGGGUGCACUUCCUAUUUUUGUAUUUUGAAAAUAUGUACCUUUAUACAAGUAAGCACUUUGAUCAUGUUUAUGUGCCUCAUUAAAUUCAAGUUUAAAAUUAUUUUACAA